AGUGAGGAGGAAAUGACGACUAGAAAUAAUAAUAAUAAUAACAGCCAAAGAGAAGCGGGUGGCUUCCCAAAAAAAUGUACACUAUAAAAAGAGACGUUGUUUUCAUCAUUCGGACGUGUCAACUAGAAGUAGUUUUGUAGAGGCAUUCGAAAAAAUAUUAAAUUUGACACGCAAAGGGAGAUAAAAUGGGAACUUUGUCUCAACCAAUCAAUGAAAUUAGCCAGGAUAAUGGCUUGCAUGUAUCGGGAAGAGAUGCCAGAUCUGAACUGGAUUCAUCUAGAUCUCGAGAUGUAAACAGAAGUGGCAACAAGACGAUAAUCACAUCACGCAACCAUGUGCACGUGCACCACUUAGUACGAGGGGCCCUGGAACAAGCAUUGAAAGAGAGUGACCCAGUAGAAGACGGCACUCCGACAGUAGCAGGCUACGAUUUCAACCAAGGUGUCAACUACACAAAACUCUUCCAAACUCUACCGACCAUGGGCUUUCAGGCUUCACACCUCGGGCAGGCGAUCGAGGCUAUGAACGCCAUGAUAGACUGCCGGAUGAAACCAGUCCCAGCAGCUGAGGCGGAGCAGACAACUCUGCCUUGUGGCCGCCGCCGUACCAACUGUACCAUAAUGUUGGGUUACACGUCCAACAUGGUUUCCUCAGGCAACAGGGAGAUAAUCCGGUAUUUGGCCCAGCAUAACAUGAUUGACUGUAUCGUCAGUACCGCUGGUGGAAUAGAGGAGGAUUUUAUGAAAUGUUUCAGCUCUUUUUACAUGGGAGAUUUCAAACUGAAAGGCGCCGAGCUCUUUGAAAAGAGCCAUAACCGAACUGGAAACCUACUUGUGCCUAACACAACCUACUGCAAGUUUCAUUCUUGGCUGAAUCCUAUUCUUGACACCAUGGUGGAAGAACAGAAACAAGGUGCUGAAUGGACACCAUCGAAACUAAUUUGGAGAAUGGGAAAAGAAAUCAAUAAUCCAGAAUCAAUCUACUACUGGGCUUACAAAAACCAGAUUCCAGUUUUCUCCCCAGCAAUCACAGAUGGUGCUAUUGGUGAUGUUCUUUUCUUCCACAGACAUCUACACCCAGGAAACAGUAUAAAGCUGGAUAUAGUGGCAGAUGUUCAAACCAUCAAUGACUUGGCUUUAUUUUCUGUGAAUACUGGGGUUCUAAUCCUUGGGGGAGGGGUGAUUAAACACCACAUUCUCAACGCAAACAUUUUUAGGUAUGGGACAGACUACUGUGUUUACGUGAACACAGGCAAUGAAUUUGAUGGAAGUGAUGCUGGGGCAAGUCCAGAGGAGGCAAUCUCAUGGGGCAAAAUAAAGUUGACAUGCAAGCCUGUUAAGGUUUAUGCUGAAGCAACAGUAAUUCUUCCCAUCCUGGUUGGUGAGACCUUUGCCAAACGACAGGCUGAGUUUACUGCCUUCAACUCUUGUCAUUCAUUUUAAUGUUUUCAUAUAUUUAUUAUGUUGUGAUAUCAGACUUUUAGAAUAUAAAUACAGUUAAGUGUUUCUGGGUUGUUGUUUUUUUCGUAGACUCUUCCUACGUUCUAUCUGGAAAACUGAGGAUACUUUCUAGAUCUUAAAAAAAAUUGAUCAAAUAAUGUUAUAAAGAGAGUAAGGUAAAGUUCCCCUUUCAGACCUUGUGAUUUAUAGGGCAGAUGAUGUAAAGAUCAUCUAUUUAUGGCCAAUGGUUAACGAGGAUAUCUAAUUAGAGUUGGGAGGACUCACAGGCACCCUAAACAUUCUGGAAUUCAAAUUCCUAGUCUCUAUCAUAAUUCAAACCCAAGACACCUUGAUUAGGAAGCCAAGUGCUUUAACACUCAGCAACAAUGCCCCUAAAGUUUAAAAAAACUCAAAAAUGGAUAUUGAACUAAUGUUUUUGACACUAUCUACUCUAUGUAACAACAUUAGACCAGCGGGCAUUAAACAAUGUUAUACCAUUCAAUAAAUUACUCAGAAAAAAUUAAAGUCCUCAAAAAUAUAAAAACAAGUGUAGGCCCUAUUUGAAUAUGUAGCAAUAAAUGUAAAUUGUAUAUAUUUGAGUAAUUUUAUUUAUUUAUUAUUAUUUUUUUUUAUUUCUGGUUAUAAAGAUUUUUCUAGAUUCUGAUUCUUUGCUAUACAAACUAUAUGCAAAUAUGUUGAUGUUUCGAUCUCAUAAUCUGAAUAAAAAUUUUAUUUCUGCGCUCUGUAAAUAAAAUUAUUUUAAUUUUAAAAUGUAAAUUGAGCCGACAAGACUUCACUACUCUGAUAAUGAAAGCCUUUACAUUUUAUAAACAUGUAAGUGGUAAUGUUUAAAAAUGUAUAAUAACAUAGCAUAUGUAUAACAGUGGUGAUAUUUAUGUGAUUUCAAUUUUGUAUAUUAUAUUUCAUUAUGUUACCAUCAAGUUUACAAACUAAUUAUCCUUAUUAGAUUCUGUGCCUUUGUGAUAUAUAUUAUCUGCUUAAUCUGGGCAAAUUGAAUAUAAUUUAAAAUGUCUUUUUCUGAUUAUAACUAAAACUGUUUUGUGAUUCAUUAUAGAUUCAUUUAAUAGCUGAUAAAUUUAUAACCUUUUUAAUUUGAUGGCAUGUUUAAAAAAGGUUUUUUUUUCUUUAGAUAGAACUCAAAAUUCUUUUCUUUUGCAUUUUUUUUUAUUAUUAAUCACAAUGUGCUAAGUAGGCAUAAUUUUUUUUUUUUGAAGCUAAUUGACUCAGAAAAUAAAUUAGUAAAUGAAUUAAGUUGCCAGAAAAAACGAAAAACAGGACAGAUAAGCCUAGGCACUAGUAGAACUCUAAGAAUGAACUAAUCCUUCUGUACAUCAAGCUGAAUGAUAACAUAAUUAAUGACUUUACAUUUAUCAUAGGAAUACUGAGAAUACUUUUUUUCAUAUAUUGUUUUAUUUAUUCAAUAUCACUCUACUAAUAAGGGAUGCCUUUCAAAAGUUUUCACUAAUGGAACCAAUGUCUUUAUUUUUUAUAGUUAUGUUUAUACAUGGCUAUAACAUGAAGAUGAGGGCUUUUUGUUAAAUCACACCUUUAUGAUUUUAAGCUUAAUUGUUUAGAUAUUAAUCUAUAUUUAUUAGUAUCCUUUCCAGACCUUACAAUCUAUGACACAGAUGAUUUAAACUCAUCUGUUUCUAUGGCACCUUACAAUCUAUGACACAGAUGAUUUAAACUCAUCUGUUUCUAUGGCACCUUACAAUCUAUGACACAGAUGAUUUAAACUCAUCUGUUUCUAUGGCACCUUGCAAUCUAUGACACAGAUGAUUUAAACUCAUCUGUUUCUAUGGCAUCUUACAAUCUAUGACACAGAUGAUUUAAACUCAUCUGUUUCUAUGGCAGACAUUUAACCAAUUGCCUUUGCUUCCUCAAUGUAGGUACCCAUUAGAGUUGAGUGGCAUGUCCUAAAAGUCCCAAUAUUUAAAACUAAGACUAAGACUGCUUUAUUGAUCCUUACGGAAAUUUGUUGUGAUUACAAGGACUCGUUUCUCAUAUAAAGAUAACACAACAGAAAAAUACACAUAAAUACAACAGACAACAUAAAGAGUUCAUUCAGCGACUACAGCCUGAGAUGAGAUUCGAACUCAUGACCCCUCCAUUCUGAAGCAAAACACAUUACCUCUCAGCCUCCACCCCACCACUUUGUAUUAUACCUUAAAAUGUAUAUUUUUAAUAUUUAUUUUUUAAAAUUACCAACAUAUUUUAAAGGUGACUACGUAGCUUACUGUUUCAUAGCAUCUUCAAUUUAUUUUAUUUUUGAUGACAGUGGAGUGAUUAGAAUAUUUACAAUCUGUAAAGUUUUUAUUUCACCACUCUCCAUAAUUUUUUUCCUUUAAUAAAUUUUGAAAAGCCAAUAGUAACAUCAGGUAAAAUCAUACUGCAGGCUAGCAUUAACACUCUAAAUAAUGUGAUUAAUUUUUUUUUAAAUCUGAUAUGCACUAGAAGUGUUUAAAUUAUAUUUAUUUUGUCUUCUUUAACUGAAGAUCACUUUCUCAAAUGUUUUUUUGUCAACUAAAAUACUCUAAAGCAAUAUAUUAAGCUUUUCUAACAAUAAAUUGGUAAAGUUAAAAAAAACAGCUACUUUUAUUGCUAAUAAGCUAUAAUGCAACUUUUUCUCAUUUCAAAUAAAAAUAAAACUGAUUAAAGAAGAAAGAAAAAUUAAGAGAAAAACUGUGAUGUAAAUAAAGUAUUAAAAAUGUGGAUAGGACUGACUUAAAUUUUUUGUUUAGAACACAUAAUCAGAUUAGCAAGAGUAUGUAAAUACACAUUUUUAAAUAUCUUUGUGUGGAACUUAGGAGUUUUAUUGUGUUCAUCAUUAAGAAAUCUUAUAAACUGUUGCCACGUAGAAUUCAAUAUUUUAUGAUUCUGCACUUUAUGCAAACUGAUCUGCAAUUUUCCUUUGUUAUAAAGCAAAUUACCUCUGAUUCAUUUAUAUUUAUUGAUAUAUUUAAUGCAUUUGUGUACAGUGCGGAGAAUGGAAUUAUGUAAAUAAUUAUAGGUCAGGUCUCUCUCUCUCUUUUUUUAAAACAGGUAAAUGUUUUUUUUUUGUUUUUUUUUGUAUUAUUUUUAAACAUUAUUUUAUUGAUAAAUAUCAGUAACAAAUAUAAUGUAAAGAUAAACUGUUUUAGAGAACAUAAUCAACAUUGAUCAAAUAAAUCCAAUUAAUGGAGAAUUUAUAAUGUUGUAUGAAAUAUUUUUUUUCUGCCCCUUAAUAAAUUAGGGAUUAGGAUUAGAUUAAAGUUGUUUUAACAAGCAAUAUUGAAAAAAAAUUCCUACUUUAUGAUCAAAUAUAGUAAAUAAAGAUUGUGUUUGACCUUUUUUUCACAUGGGGGUGGUCAAAUGCCUAGCGCUAGGAAAAUAAGAUUUAGUUAGUGUAGGCUAAAUUAAAUGGGAGUUUUUCUGGAAAGACUUUAAGAGACUUUUAUUGAUGUUUGUAUUACUCUUGUAAUUAGCAGCUACACUGAACACAAUUAUGUGCUCAGAAUAGUUUUCUUUAGAGUGACCCUCUUUAGAAAUAUAUAUUAUAAAAUAAAAAAAUUCUGGACAAAACUUUGAGACACAAAUCCAUAACCAAGUGUUAUAUACACGGAAUGCAUGUUCUUGUCAUAAAUUAAACCAAUGUUAAUAUUUUGUCACCUUGAUUAAGACCAAUUAUGUUACCAAAAGUUUCUUGAGGAUGAUUAAUAAAGAUUAAGACUGAACUUACUGACUGAUAAGGUUUAAAUAUAUAAAUUAAUGUUACUGGACUAGAGAACUGAAUGGGCCCAAGAUUUUUGUUAACAAAUUUGUCAUUUUGAAAUUAAUAGCAUUAAUGAUAGAUAAUAUAUAAAGAAUAUUUAUAAUUAUUCUAAAGUGAAAUGGUAAGUUAAAACUGUUGUAAUUCACCUAUUCAAAGGAGGACAUAUUUGAGAAUUAAUUUCUUGGGAAAUAAAGUUAUUCUUAUACUUUCUAUGAAGUAAUUUUGUGCAUGUGUUGAGAAUUUAGAUCUGUAAUUCUUCCAAUUCAAUAUAGUAAUAAAGUUAAUUUUUAUUAGUCUCUCAGUCCUAUACCAUAGAAAGAAAUGUUCAAAGUUGUGUUUUUAUAAAAAAAAUGAUAAUGUUCAGGUCAGGUUCACAAAAUGAUGAAUAUUUUGAUUUCAAGACUAUUUAAAAACAUGCUUUAUAACUAAGACUUGACUUGUAUUUUGUCUAUCAUGAAGAUCAACCGAUAUGCUAACAAAUUUGAUAUUUAUUUGAAAGCAUAUGCAAAACAAAAUACAGACAAAACUGCAACAUUCCAAAAUGUAUUUGUCAUUGGAAGUGUUAAUAAACUAUUUCAACUAUU